UUUUUAUGCAAUUAGUUUAGGACAGUACAAUUUCAUUCAGCUCGAGCUAUACAGCCUGUGAAUACAGGAAGAACCGACAAACUGCUCCGCUUCCGAGGUCCGCAUCCCUAUUGUCCUUCACACCCUUACGGACCAACAGUCCUAUUAGGCUUUUUUGUGGGUACCAAGCGGCUGCUGGCUAAAGUCGGGCCAUUUUACCCGCCAAAACACCAGCCCUCGGACAGCACGGCCGCAGCCCAGCAGCCCAUACUAGAGCAUAGUCUUGCCGGCGCCAGUCCCCCGCACGGGGGCUCAUGCGCUUAGUUGGACCCCAGUUACCGUAUAUACCACAGUGUAUUAAUCAGCGUGGUUGGGGCCAGUAGCCCAGGCGCCCUAAAGCACCAUGGCGCGCGUGCACGGUUCGGCGAGCGGGGGUGGCCCAACUGCGGGCGCGGCAGCAGCGGCGGCGACAGCGCAGCAGCAGCAGCAGUCUACGGACGGGGCCACGACGUCGCAACACCCAGCCACAACGGCAGCAGGAGCAGCUAGCUCCAAAGACGCUGCAAACCUGUACAAGUACAAGUACACAGGCUACAUUCAGGAGGACCACCGCGAGCCGCUGUUCUGUGUGGCCUUCAACACCUUUGACCUGGCGCACCGCGACGUGUUCGCAAGCGUGGGACAGCACAGGGCCACCAUUUACCGGCUGCUGCCGGGCGGGCAGUUCGAGGUGUUGCAGGUGUACGAGGAUGGAGACCGCGGCCGCAAGAGCGGCGCCGGGGCCUCGGGCGGCGGCGCCGACGGCGACGGCAGCUCCGGUGGCUACGCGGCGUCCGGCGCGGGCGUGGGCGGCCCUGCCGCGGCGGCGGCGGCCGCCGCCGCCACCACGGCCGCCGGCGAGCACUUUUACUGCUGCAAGUGGAGUGUGGACGCGGACAGCGGCGCGGCGCUGCUGCUGCUGGCUGGGGAGAAGGCGCUGGUGCGGGUGCUGGACGUCAGCCGGGGCUGCCUGUUGCACACGUUUGCGGGCCACGGCAAGUCCAUCAACGACAUCGCGGUGCACCCCGCGCGGCCGCACCUGUUCCUGACGGCCUCUGAGGACGAGAGCGUGCGGCUGUGGAACCUGAGGUCUCGCACGUGUGUGGCCAUUUUCGCGGGCGAGGGUGGGCACCGCAACAAGGUGCUCAGCCUGGACUUCCACCCAUGGGAUGGCCACCGCUUUCUGUCCAGUGGCAUGGACAACGCAGUCAAGAUCUGGAGCCUGGGCCCCAUUGAGCGCCUGAUUGACGAGUCCGACGGCGCCGUCGACGGCUGUGUGGGCGGCGGCGUGGGCGCCACCCCCGCCGCCGCCGCCGGCCCCCGCCGCGCCUUCCCCACCCGCGUGGUGCAGCAGCCGCUGUUCUCCACGUUGCGGGUGCACAACGACUACGUGGACUGUGUGCGGUGGAUGGGCGACUUGGUCCUGUCCAAGUCCGUGCAUGACGUUAUCAGCCUGUGGCGCCCGCACUCCCAGGCCAAGCACCGCCGCCCGCCGCCCGGCGGCGCCGCCGCAAACGGCGGCAGCGGCGCUAGCAGCGGCGGCGCGGGGAGCAGCGCGGCGGCGGGUGGAGCCGGAGGCGGAGGCGGAGGGGGCCCGGAAGAGAGCGACGAGGAGUGGGAUGUGGGCGUGUCGGCCAGCGGGAGGCUGGGUGGCGAGAGCGUGGCGAGCCGUGCCACCAAGAUCGCGGACUUCCACCUGGCGGACAGCCUGCGCACCUGGUUCGUGCGCUUCGGCGCCGACCUGCACUUCAACACGCUGGCGUGCGGCAGCGCCAAGGGCAAGGUGUUUGUGUUCGCGCCGCGUGUAACCUCGGCCGCGGCUAUGGGCUGCCAGCCCAAGGCCAAACUGAGCGCGCCGCAGUGCCGCAGCGUGGUGCGCCAGACCGCCGUCAGUUGGGACGGCAGCACCGUCAUAGCCGCCUGCGAGGACGGCAGCAUCCACCGCUGGGACCGCGACGCGGCGGCAGCGGCGGCGGCCGCGGCGGCGGCGGCGGGCGGCGCCGGGGCCAGUGCGGCGGGCAUGGAUGAGUAGUGGGGGGAGACGGGGCCGCGGACCCUGCGAUUAUUGCAGUCGUUGGUGGCGUGGCGUGGCGUGGCGGGGUAGUUGCUGGUGGGCUGAGCUGGUUGCGCCGGUCGUCGUCGUCGUCAUCGUACGGUACGUCUGUCCGAUGAUGAGUCCGGAGUGGAGUCCGCAAUGGUUGCGAUUUGGCGGCUGGUGUGUGCUUUACCCGUGGGGCAAUGGCAGGCAAUGGCAGGCAGUGGCAGGCAGGAUGUGCACGGAGGGGGGGAACGCACCCACUGACCCAGGGCCAGAGGUGUGCAAUGGGACAGGGUUAAGGCAGGUUGGUGCAUCCCCGUAGGGUGCCGCUGAUUCCCGGACCCCAGCACAUGGCAAACAAUUUGCGACGACAGUGCAUGAGCGCGCGGCUGGUCAAACGCCGGAGGGCCAGGGGUGUCCUGAGGGCGCCAAGCAGGUGUGUCAUGAAAGUGCGGAGGCGUGCGAACGCUGAGGAUAGCUGAUGGAGGUGUGUGAUGGGACAGUGGUAAGGCAGGUUGGUAAAGUCCCGUAGGGUGCAGCUGAUGGAGGCAUUGGUCGCAGCUAGCAAGCAGUGUCUAAUGAGUCUUAGAGAGCACAAAGGAAGGAAGCACAGGUGUGUGCGCAUUGUGCAGCCUUGUCCAGUGACCAGGCACAGCUGCACGGGGGGGGAUUUCAGCUCCCCGCACAUAUGAAGCGAGGUGCACCUGGGAGAGGCAAGUCCAGCACGUGUGGUCUGUUCCCUUCGACGCGUCUGGUGACUUGGCCAGCCUGGCGAUGUCCGCCAUGUCCAUCAUGAAGGGGCGUGGGCGGGGCGGGGGCGCUCCGUGGGUCCACGUGUGUCACGAUGUCCCGCCAACCGUGCCGGGUUCGGUCACUGGCCGUGUCUUGAUAAGUGGGGCAGCGCGGCGGCGCCACUUGCAGGUGGCACGCCCCCGGGCUCCAGGGCAGAUAUCGCUCGCGACUCGUGUCAGCAAGUCCUUCAUGGAACCAAUGCAAUCUUGCAGCGCACGUCACCACAGGGGGCUGGGCCACCUAACGCCUUGAAGGGGAUUUCCAACCGCACUGGUAUUGGGCUAUUGGCCAUUUCGACGCGUUAAACUCAUGUGGCAGGUCGCUGAGCUGUGCAUCCCUGUGUGGGGGGCCGGGGCGGUUCACGAGAUGGGCUCUGUACACCUCAUGCCGCCAAGGAAAUCGUAUGGGCGGCAGGGUUUGUGGGCACGGCUGACUGUGCCAAAGAACCCUGGCUAAGUACCGGCAACCCAACC